AUGGACUGUGAGAAGUCGGCCAAUCACGUGCAAGACAGGCUGGCAGUCAUUCCCAUGGUGCAGGAAGCACGGGGGUUGGACGCGGGGCCGCGGCUGGUGGAGCGGCUGGUAGGGCUGGGAGAUAACAGGAGUGCAGCGGUGGUGGCCAAGAUAGCCCAGGAGGAGGUGGCACACGUGGCAGUCGGGGUGGCGUGGUUUGUGUGGGUCUGCAAGCGCAUGGGGGUGGACCCACAGACGUCGUUUACCACUGUGAUCCGCUCCCUGUGUGCCGAUGGGGUGAAAGGGCCGUUCGACCAUGCAGCCCGUGCCACUGCUGGGCUGCCACGCCAUUGGUACGAUCCCCAACCACCCGCCACUGCUGCCCUGCUCAAUACAGUCACAUCCGGCACAGCGGCUGCCACACCUGCUUCAGUCACACCUGCUGCUGUCACAUCAGCUCUUGGCUCUUCGGGGAAGAUUUUUGAAGGAGGGGUAAAGGAGGGGGCCGGAGUAUUGGUGGAAAACCGGCGCUCAGGGCAGAAAGAAGUGGGCAAGAAGUGGAGAAAGUUGACGAGCGGGCAGGUGAACCCGGCAGCCCGGGAAAAGAUGCGGGACCAGCUGCAGAGGAAGGCUGCUCGCAUCGAGGCCCACAUCCAACGGUGCGAACGGCUCCUCCAAUCAGACAGCGCCACGUCAUCAACCUCCACCUCAUCCUUACCAACACCAAAUGAAGAUCUCAUCUCACCUGCCGAUUCUAACGAGUCUUCUUUCUCCUCCUCCUCCCCCACCUCCCCCUCCCCCCCCCACUUUUCAACCUCGGUGCCGAUUUCAACCUCGUCGUCCCUUCCGGAAUCACCAUCCAUCCAUGUCUCUCCACCGUCCGAUCACCCACUGGCCCCUCAGCAGCAGCUUCUAGAGGGUGUUGAGAAAUCCAGCCCCUCGUUACAUCCCCCUUACAAGCUGUCUCCUCAAGUGAAACAGGAUCUGAAGCAGCAGCACAAUUACUCCCUGAAGCAGCUUUCAGAGGUGCACCGGCGCUUGGCCCUGCUCAUCUCCUUUGAGGACCGCUGA